CCCCUUUCCCCCGGCCCCCCUCUCUCUCUCUCACUCACUCACUCUCUCUCUCCCGUCCCGCGAAACUGUCGCUCUCCUCCCUUCCGGAGAAAAGAAACCCUAAUCCCGCCUCUCUAAACCCUAACCCCCACCACUCUCUCCCUCUCCCUCUCCCUCUCCCUCUCCGAUUCCCCUACCAUUUUCGACGCAAGGAGAUGGCAAUGGGUGGGGCGCAGCGACGAGUCCGCGGAGAUCGCCCCGUAUCUCGGUAAAUGCGAGCCUCUCUCGGUGUAGUUAGGUCGCUUUCGCGCUAGGUUCCUCCCCCUCGAACUCGCCCCGCUCGGCGAUGGAGAGAGGCGCGGCGGCGCCGCCCGAGGCGGCGGCCGGAGAAGGAACGGCGGCGGGGGAGCCGUGGCCGGCGUUUGCGGAUGCGCCGCGGAAGAAGCCCUUGGACGCCUCCGCGAAGGCGGCAAGGGUGGCUCCGCCGACUGUGCCGCCGCAGAUUGCGGCGGUAGGGAACGCCGGCCCGGGGCCGAAUAAUGGGGCUGCGCUGCCCUUUCCGGUGCAGGGACCUGUUGGCCUUUACAAAUCUGAUGGGUUUCGAAGCAGUAAUCCUCCCAAUAAGCAUCGUCACAUGCACCCUCAUGGUAAACAUGGUCCCAAGCGUAACGCUCCUGCAAAUGGUGCACCGCCCCCAUUUCCUGUACAAUUGCCCUACCAUCAACAGCCUGGACAACCAGUUUUAUACCCUGUUGUACAAGCUCCGCCUUUGAUGAUUCAUGAAUAUGCCUACCGGCCUUGUCCUGUACCAUUCCUGAAUAAUGACGUCCAUGUUGUGAAGCCUGGAUAUGAAACUUCAUUCCCAGGUUUUGUUCCUGUUGGUCAAAAUAGUCAGCCAUCGCCAAGAGGAGAUCCAAAUGCUUGGAGGCCGAAUGGUGGCAAUCAUGGUAAUAAGCAUCGUAAUAAUGGGUAUGAGCAUGGAAACCAUCCUAACCAAACACGGCACAGUCCUCGUGUGUUUAAUCCUAGAAGCAACAUAAAUAUGCCUCAUGAUAUUGGGCCACGACCUUUUAUCAGGCCACUUCCACCACGCUUUUAUGGUCCUGCUCCUGGGUUCAUUAGUGCACCUGGUUUUCCUGGUCCUGCUUCUCCGAUGUUUUAUGUGCCUGCCCCUCCUUUGGAAAUGAUGAGGGGUCCACCUCGCCCAAUGUCGCAUCCUCCCCCUCUUACCAAGAAGGAUCCGAAAACUGAGGAAGUAGAGUUAAGAGACAAAAUAGUAAAACAAGUCGAGUAUUAUUUCAGUGACAAAAAUUUAGAGAAAGACGAUUACCUGAAAUCAAUACUUGAUGAUCAUGGAUGGGUUUCGAUAUCAAAAAUUGCUGAUUUUAACAGGCUUCGGAGCAUGACAACAGAUACACAUAUAAUAGUUGAUGCUUUGCAGAGUUCAAGUGUAGUAGAAGUUCAGGACGACAGAAUAAGGAGGCGUAAUGACUGGUCUAAGUGGCUUCCCUCAUCAGGUCACCAUGUAAUCUCAACAGAAUCUGUGUCUGUAGAGAGCCAGAGUCCUGUCAGUUUAGAGAAUAACAAAAGAAGUGAGAGCAAUAAUGAUGGAAUCUCUCAUGAAGAUUCUAUCCGCCAAACUACCUAUAAGGUUCAAGAGGACUAUUUGCCCUGUGUGAGUGAGUACUCGAAAAUUGAAGAUAAGUUUAUUGCAGAAUGCGAUAGUCUCAAGGUACUGACAGCUGAUGAAGCAGCGGCAUAUGACGGUGAUAACAAGGAUAGAUGCAUAGAAUUACUCUCUGGACCAAAUUCAGGAGUCAGACAGAACAAACUUUGCAGCAGAUGUAGCUGUUCGCUAGAGAAAGAUUCAGUUGGCACCAUGGCUGAUGUUAAAUCUGGUAACACGCAUGUUGUUGUUGUCUCUGCAAAGUCACAGGAAAAUGACAAUCUCUCCAGUAGUGGUGAUCUUGCGCUUGAUGUCACACUAUCAAAUAGGGUAUCUGACAUGCAGAAUGUAGAGGCCUUCUCUAAUGACAUUGCUGUCCAAUCACCUAGCUGUAGGGCGGAGCAAAGUACAUUCAUGCUUGAUGAGGAAUUGGAGCCGGAGUUUGUUCACAGGGAUGAUCUUUCUUUAAAUAGGAGGGUUGAUGAUGAAGAGGAUGAAAUGGAUGUUAAUGAUCAAGAUGUCCACAGGCUAAUAAUUGUCACCCAAGAUAUUUGUCUUGACAAAGAUGAGACAGCCAGUUCGAGGAAAUCAGAAGCAAUUACGAAUGAGCUUGCAUCUGCUAUCAAUAAUGGCCUUUACUUUUAUGAGCAGGAGCUACGAGCCAAACGCGCUAAUCAUCAGAGAAAUAAUACUGGAAUAGGAGAUGGCUGUUUUAGAUCAACUGCCCUAUCUGAUUCCUCGAUGAAUUCAAAGAGGAAUGCAAUAAUUGCUGGAAAUAGUGGUCACGAAGAGUUGGGACUAGCUAUUUCUAGAAGGCGACAAAAUAAGGGCAAUAGCAAGUCGCAUGGCUCCCUUAAACAGAGAUUGUUUCCAGGUAAUUUUGAUUCUUAUGCAAAUGCGCAUAAUCGUCAUGGAAUUGUAUCAGAAAGUCCUCCAAGCAAGUCAAUUGGAUAUUUCUUCGGGUCGACUCCACCAGAAAAUCACGGCUCUAUGCCCUCAAAGUUAGGUUCUCCUCAUGCUAUUCUUCCUGGGAGCAGUCCACCUGUUGGAUCGAUGCCAAAACCAUUUCCACCAUUUCAGCAUCCAAGUCAUCAGCUAUUAGAGCAAAAUGAAUUUAAGCAGCAAAAGUACUUGAAGUAUCGCAACCGUUGUCUUGGCGAGCGUAAGAGAUUAGGAAUUGGUUGCAGUGAGGAAAUGAACACACUUUAUCGGUUUUGGUCAUAUUUCCUGAGAGAUAUGUUUAACAAAUCCAUGUACAAGGAAUUUCGUAAGCUGGCACUCGAAGAUGCAGCCUCCAAGUACUUUUAUGGACUCGAGUGUCUCUUUAGGUUUUACAGCUAUGGGUUGGAAAAGAACUUCAAAGAGAAUAUAUAUGAUGACUUUGAGCAGCUUACGCUUGAGUUCUAUCAGAAGGGCAAUCUUUAUGGCCUUGAAAAGUACUGGGCAUUUCACCACUACCGGGAGAAGAGGGGCAGUGCCAAACCUAUAAAGAAGCAUCCGGAGUUGGACAGGGUAUUACGAGAGGAAUUCCGAAGCCUGGAGGAUUUUAGGGCCAAGGAGAAGAUGGAUAAGGCGGCGGCGGCAGCGGCAGCUGAGGGAGAGUGUAGCUGCAGCAGAGUUAGUCGCUCUAAUGAGAGGGAGAAAGAGCAUAUCGCCGUUGCCCAUGGCUCUACUUCUCUGCGAGCGAAUUAGUCGGCCUCCCCAUUCUGAGUGCUACAAUCGGAAUAUAUUUCUCUUUUAAAGAGAUUUUGUGGAUGGCUGCAUAUGUGCAGAUUUUGCAGUUCUCUGCGUGUAGUAACGGGCCAGGAAUUCUUUUUCUUCCUCUUACCCGGAUUUGUACAUAAAGGAAUAUAAUACUGGAUGUUUGUGGAAUUUGUGCGAAUUUGAUGGAUAAUAAAGUCGAUGCUCGUCUCCAUUUCUGUUUUGUU